AUGGUCUCGUCCGCGCGCGGCGCAAAGGAAAAGCAUAUCGUCGUCUUGAUCAGACCCUACCUGUGCAGCGGCUGUCACAGCUCCAUUGUGACGGUUUUCUGGUUCCGUUUCGUCAGGAUUAUGCGGCUGACAUCGCAGGUCUCAGUGCGAGCCCCUGAACCGAAAAAGAGAGAAAAGAGCCCGUUUAUCGUCAUUCUGAAGCGCUGGUCGCCGCGGAGUGCUCGAUCGUAUACGAUUUGCCCCCUAGUGACCUCUUCGGGCGUGAAUAUAAAAUCAAACGCUUGGAGCUCAAAAGACACGGAGGCCAGGCGCAAGCGCGCGUCAACUAGGCCCGGCUACAAGGAUAUGGCCCGGAGAGAACUUGCCGCUGAGAAGGCACCUGAUGUACAAAAAAGAAAGCGGAAGCUCGUCUAUCGCAUAGGAUCGGUUGCCACGGAUCGAGCAUGCGACCGCAGUACCACCGAGUACAAGGAGGUUUUCACAAAAGGAAAAGCAAAGCGCGCUCGAUGCUGGGAAGCGAAAAAGCAUAGAGGCGAAGCGGCGUCACGCCGAACGAAGGUGGCAGCAGAUGAGCUAAGAAACUCAGUUGGAAUUCGGGACUGUCGUACGAAAAACAGCAUUGGUAAUGGCUCCCAGCGUGCGACACUGAAACGCUUCAACGGAAGUAUAUGCACAGCAGCUGCGAUGUACCCUGAUGUAGAACCUGCUUAUAUCUCCUGGGUGCUCCGACAACCGCUGCAUGACCGCAGCUGUAUGCGGCAUUGCAAAAUAGUAGCAUGGCUGACUUCUAUGCGGACGUCGCUGGCAGAACUACUUUGCUUCUACGUCUUCCACGCGGAGAUCGACGGCCGAUACUCCUUACGAAACCUCAGGCCCCGCCGUGCGUGCGCUUGGGUGCGAGACGACAUCAUUUGCUGCAGGGGCAACAGGGAGAGGGAGACCGACAUCACGGGCGCAGACACCGCCUAUCAGGUGGGGCCGCGCACGCACAUCCUCUUCCUUCCCUACAGCAGCCGCUGCACAACAUGUUAUGCGUCUCACAACGCUGUCCUGCACUGCAUCCUGAAGAUAGGGCAGCAUGGGCGGCUCAGCAUCCGGAAAUUCAGGAGGACCACGACCUGCAGGGAGGGGAGCACCCUGGUCUGCGAACACGUACUCUGCUUCGCGCUGUACCUUCAGACACGUCCGCGGAGCCCGAGGGCCACCGUACGCAAGCGCAGCCACAUAGCGCCGGAGGGACAUGCGGCCUCCUUGCCUGCACGAGCCGACGCCUGA